GACAGCUGUGCGGGCUUUCUGGUAAAAGUAGGUUACAAAAAGGUGCGGGGUUUCUUGAGCGCUCGAUAAGAGGAACAACAGUCUUUGGAGGAGGAUGUGAAAGAAGAGCCCUUCCUAGGAAAGCAUGAGAGAGAAAGGAAGUGACAAUAUGGUGAAAGACCACUCUGGGUUGUAUAAUGGAUGGAGUGGUAAAGGAAAGAUCCAUAUGCAGCGCGAGACCCUUCCCUUGGCUCAGUCACCCCAAAACGGAGGCCUCAACCCUGCUAUGGAAACUCAAAGACUGCUUCCCCAUCAAUGAGACCACCUCCGCUCAUCACGCAGACAAAGAAAACACUUGCAUGGAUAGCAAAAAGGCUGUGCUGGAGCUGAAAGAUGUACCUCCUCCUCCACACCAUACAUCCUCCUCCCAAUCAUCCCAGCCCUUCUCUCUGGCCCCUCUUCCUAUGCCUCCUCCCUGCUUGCCUCCUUCUCCGCUUACACAAGACUCCCUCCAGCAACCACCACAAUCACAGCUGCAACAAGAGGGGGCUAGCCCUAACGUAAGCAUUUACACGCACUGUGACUAUUGCAGCACAGAUGGCUAUGGGUUAUCAGGUGGUGGAAGUGUUGUUGAUACCAGCAGCAGCAUUGCUGGUGUUGUCUCGCUCUAUAUGGCCCCAGGCUCUCUAGGAGCACCCAUCAAAACCAGCAGUAUUGGUAGGUCAGGCAUUUGCUCUGUAGCUUCAUCUGUUCAUCAGUAUAAGCACAUUAGCUGCAGAAGCGGAGGUGAAGUUCUUGAUUCUUUGCCCACUCUUGGUUACAAACCUCCGCUGUCCUCCUCUGUCGCUACCUCUCAGCCCAUUUCAUCACAACCCUACCUCUCCUGCUGCUCAGGCCUUCUCCACACAUAUCCAGCUGUACCUCUUCCAUGCAGUCAACCCAGCCUGUUUCGCUCCUCAGCACUUCUGGCUUCCCCUCUCCCCUGUGUAUCCUCUCUACCCACUCCCUUGCAUGGCUCUUGCCUGGCCUCUUCUGGCUACUACACUUGUGGUGUGAACUGCUGCCCAUCAGCCAGAAGAUCCCAGAGAACCACAUUCGGUGAUCACCCAACCAUCACCACUACAACCACCUCAGCACACAUCUGCUCUAAUCCUAUGCACCUAAAUGUAGAACGCACGGUUUGUGUGAAGGGGGCACACUACUGCCAGGAGUGCCUGUUGAAGCCCAUAAAUGGUCUGCCAUCAGACUUGGAAAAGGUAUGGCCCAAUGCACCUAUACCCCAGACUGCUCCUAUCCCCAUUCCCAUUUGUAAUGGCUGUGGCACCUCCUCUGAUAGCAUGAUGCUCAUGCCGUCAGCCAGCUUUGGCAAGACUGGCCAGAAGUAUGGUUCGCCAGAGAAUGGCGGUCGAAACAUCCCUCCGGUGGGUGUCUUCUGGGACAUCGAGAACUGCAGUGUGCUAGUACGCUCUGCUGGAGCUGUGGUCCAGCGUAUUCGCAGCCAUUUCUUUCAGGGCCACCGUGAGGCUGAAUUCAUUUGUGUCUGUGAUAUCAGCAAGGAGUGUAAAGCUGUCAUCCAAGAGCUUAACAACUGCCAGGUUACUGUUGCACAUAUCAACGCCACAGCCAAGAAUGCUGCAGAUGACAAGCUUCGCCAGAGCCUGAGACGCUUUGCUGAGACUCACACGGCACCUGCAACUGUUGUACUAGUAUCCUCGGAUGUGAACUUUGCAAGUGAGCUGAGUGACUUGCGUCAUCGUCAUGGUUUCCAGGUAAUCCUGGUCCAUGGCAGCCAUACAUCGCCAGCCCUACUGCAGCAUGCCCACCGCCACGUGGCCUUCCAGGAGAUCACAGCUGAUCUGCCACCACGUAUGCUUGUCAAAGCACAGCCCAGUUUCAACCUCCUCUAUGUGCACAACCUCCCUGUCAUCUGUGACAAGAGCCUACGGAACGCUGUGAAGCUCAGGCUACGCCGCCUAUCAGACAACUGUGGUGGCAAGGUUACUGGGCAUGGCCCAGGGCACAGCAGUCCUCCCGUUUUUGCAGCAUUGAGGGCAGCUGCGCGUGCCCGCAAGCGAAUGGAAAAUGAGGAUGUAUUUGGCCGCCGAAUCAGCAUCUCCUUCUCCCCACGUCCCAGAGACGACGCAAGUCCUGAGCAUGAGCUGCAGUCUCGGCCCCAGAACUAUCAAAACCAGGAUUUAAUGUUUGACCCACCCCCAUCCCUAUCCUCCUAUUCCUUUCUGCCCCUGGGGAUGCCAAGGUCACCCAGGAGGCCACGGCGAGCAACCCGCUUGUGCCAUGCCCCUGGCCCGGUGCCUGAAAGGCCCUACAGCCCCAGGAGGGGGUGCAGUGGGCCUCCCGGUGGUGCUCCAGCCAAGCCCCAUCAGGAGCUGGGUAGCUUGGAGGGCAAGUCCAGAAUGAGCUUCCAUCACCUGGAGAAAGAACGUGCCGCUUCCUCUUCCCCCCACAGUAAUGGGGAUACAGGAGCCAUGGAACAGCUGUCCAGGCCUGGCCUCACUGGAGAAUCUAUGUACAGGAGGAGAAGAGAAGGCUCCUACCCUCGCAGUGUGACUGAAUCCCCUACAGAACAAGCAGACAGGAGCUCAGAGGACUUCCAGAUUAGUACACCCUCAGCCUUCAGCAAGUUGAACCUGCACAGGAGCUUCAGUCCCCUUAUCCUGUCACAGAGCUCCUGGUCAUCCAGGAGUGCAUCGCCCUGCUUGUCCAGCCGGUCCUCACCCCUCCUGGCUGCCACUCGUAGUCCGUGUCCAGAAGGUCCAACCGAACCUUUCUCAGAUGGGGCAGAGGUCCAGGUGGCCAACCUGGACUACAGAAUGUCCCGCAAGGAUCUGCAGCAGAUGCUGCAUGACACCUUCUCCCGUUAUGGACGGGUGAAAGCUGUGGAGCUUAGCCCCCACACUGACUAUCAGCUGAAGGCCACAAUCCAAAUGUUGUCCUUGCAGCAGGCCAUAAGUGCAGUCAGUGGCCUGCACCGUUAUAAGAUCGGAGGCAAGCGCAUUCAGGUGUCUCUGAUCACUGGUGGUGGCAACAAAUCCCUUUCCAUGCUCAGCACAGAGAUCAUCAGCAUUCUUCAAGAUGCACCGGCCAAUUGCCUUCCACUCUUCAAAUUUACAGAGAUCUAUGAAAAGAAAUUUUCCCGUAAGCUUGUGGUUGGGGAUUUGUACCGACUGCCGGAGGUGGUGGCAAUGCGGGAACAGGGAGGCUCAAGGCUUGUGUGCCUACUGCCCAGCAGCCAAAUCCGUCAGAGUCCACUGGGAUCUUCCCACUCCCAGGAGGGCUCCUCCUCUGCUAGCGGCAGCCCCGUGGUGUUUGAGGAGCUGGAGUACCAUGAACCUGUCUGCAGAGAACACUACACACAGCGGGACUUCAGUGAGGCUGACUUUGACCCUGACUCUUAUAAAAUACCUUUUGUUGUGAUGUCCCUGAGCACCAUAGCAUCUGAGGUCCACGGUCUUUUGCAGUCACAUGAGGGAACUCUUCCGUUACUCAGUUUUCCAGACUGCUAUGCAGAAAAAUUCAGCCCUCUACAGCUGGGUAAUGAGACGCUUGAGGGUGGUGUUCCUCUGGAGCACCUCAUUACCUGUGUUCCCAGUAUCACAAUUGUCACAGCUCUGAAUGGCUUCAAAGUCAUCAAGUGGAUCCACAACAAACCACCAGCACCAAAUUCCGAGCCAUGGAUUCAGCGCUGCAAGAGUCCGGUUGGCAAUCCACAGCUCAUCCAAUUCAGCCGUGAGAUUAUUGACUUGUUAAAGAGUCAGCCUUCUUGCCUCAUGCCCAUGAGCAAGUUCAUACCCUCAUACCACCAUCACUUUGCCAAGCAGUGCCGUGUCUCUGACUAUGGCUACUCCAAGCUGCUGGAGCUACUGGAGGCUGUUCCACAUGUCCUGCAGAUAUUGGGUAUGGGUACCAAGCGUUUACUGACUCUGACUCAUCGUGCUCAAGUGAAGCGCUUCACCCAAGACCUUCUCAAACUACUUAAAUUUCAAGCCAGCAAACAAGUCUCAAUCAAGGACUUCAUGCAGGCAUACCAUUGGUGCUUCUCUAGAGACUGGAGGAUAAUCGACUAUGGCACAUGUGACCUGAUGGACCUGCUGACUGAGAUCCCAGACACCACCAUCACUAUUACACAUCAGGACAUGGAUACAGUGAUCUCUGUUCCCAGGAGAGAGCGUACAGUGGAGGAAAUGGAGCGCACUAAACAGUUUGGGAAGGAGGUGGUGGACCUUCUUCGUCACCAGCCUCACUGCCGAAUGGCCUUCAGUAAGUUCAUCCCAACAUACCACCAUCACUUCGGUCGUCAGUGCAAACUCAGCUACUACGGCUUCACCAAGCUCUUGGAGCUCUUCGAGGCAAUCCCAAACAUAGUGAUGGUGUUGGAGUGUGGGGAAGAGAAAGUGCUGACUCUGACGGAAGUGGAGCGAAUCAAGGCUCUGGCAGCUCAGCUGGUCAAGCUGCUUCGGGCUCAGAAGAACUCCAGCCUUCCCGUCAGCCAGCUGCUCACGGAGUACAGCAAGACCUUCGGUUAUGGUCUCCGCCUGCAGGACUACGAUGCCAGCUCCCUGCCGGCUCUGCUCACCAAACUCUGCCAUGUUGUCAAGGUGGCGGAUGGCUUGGGGAGUCGGGAAGUGCAGUUGAUCAACAGGAAGUCUUUGCGCUCACUGACCUCCCAGCUGCUGGCACUGCUCAUGUCCCAAGAGGAUGAGCAGGUCACCAGGGGUCUCAAAGUGGAGGAGCUGAGCCAGCAUUACCUGACUGUCCAUGGAGCCCCGCUCAACCCAUGUGAAUAUGGGUUCCUCUCUCUCAGCGAGUUGCUAAAGAGCCUGCCCUACCUGGUGGAGUUGUACCAUGAAGAAAAUGAUAAUGACAACAAAGCUGGCAACACUGCCAGUAGUUAUGGUGAGGAGUGGGUGAGGCUAACCAGACUUUACCAGUUCGCCCGUAACGUUCGUGGCCUGCUCCACACCUACCAUUACACCCAGAUCUUCCUGACUGAGUUCCAAGGGGCUUAUAACAAAUUUACAGGCUGCAGCCUUGAACCACGUUCCUACGGAUACACCUGCACUGACGAGCUGCUCAGCGCCAUUCCACAGGUGGUCUGGAUCAAAGGGCAUGGUCACAAGAGGAUUAUCGUUUUGAAGAACGAUAUGAAAGCAAGGGCAAGCCCUUCAGUUCCCUGCAGCCCCCCACCAGGAGAGAACAUGGAGAGCCCAAGAGACAGCCCGAUUAGCAACGCAACUUCUGGAACCCAGAGUCCAGAUCUACUGUGUGGUCCUGUACCAUCCUGCCUACCGUCACCUCAGCUCCACCCAGACCCUGUUCUCCUUCAGGAGACGGACCUGAUUUACUUUGAGGAAGAAACUCCAUCAGUGCGUAGUGAACCUGAAGUGGCAGCUGCUGACGGCACAUCUGAUCGGCCCGGCAUCACGGACGCCAAACCUCCUUCCCCGCCGCCUAACAUGACGUGCACCAUGUCAAUGGACAGUCCCAGCAGAAGAGCCACACGCAGCAGAAUUAAGCUAGCUGCCAACUUCUCAUUCACAGCAGGCCUCUGAUCCUCUUCACACAGCACACAAAGCAAUACGAGCUCACACACCGUGUAACUCUAAAUACAAGAGUUGACCAGCUACAGGGAACAGAAGUGACCGCAGAGAAGCUUUGGUGUCGUCCCCUCUACAUCCUUCGACAGGCUGUUGCUUUCUUCUUAUUCACUCAUCGUCCAUCUUUGUUCUUUGUUUGCUUCUUUCACAAUCAGUGAGUUCUUCCGAUGUUCACCAAGCUGUGAUUUUCUUCUUGCAGAUUUACUGCAAUUCUUUAGUUCGACAAAUUCAUCGACUGAAGCCUGUGUUUGCGUUCACCUCAAGGAAAGUUAAAUUAUAUUUCUGUUGCAAAGCCGCAUUGUCAAAGAAUGCGAGCUGGCUUACAAUGAAUGAAGAGUCUAAAGAUGAGUUGGUUGCCACUGUCUACAAAGCAUUGGGCAAUGUGAGAAAAGCUAGGGACGACCAAGUUUUCUAUGUUAAAUCCAUGAAAUGUACUUUCUCAGAUUAUACAAUUGACAAAUAACAGAAGAUUUAUAGAGAUAUUUUGUUCAUGUGCCAUAUUGAGGAACCUCCGUGUACUACCUUGUUGUAUCCCUUGGAGAUGGAGCAUUUAAUUUAUGACAUUCAUUUUUAAAUUCCUGUGAAAUUUUGGAGUGAUUUUGCUUUGUAGUAACCUUCGACACGUCAUCCAAACUGGACGUUAAGCACCUGCCUGUUUCAGUCUUCUAUGGGAAAAGCACUAAGGAAUUCUAUUCUCUUCUUUUGUCUUAAGUAGCCCAACGAUAGUAUUUUCAGUUCCUUUUAUAUUAUGCAGAGUAUUUAGUUGUCUGUGGAAGAGUUUGGCCUAAAUGUGUGUGGUGUAUUUGGUGGCAAUUUAAUGUUGUAACUGCACAUUGGUGUCCAUCGUUCAGGUUGUGACUUUUGUUAACAAAAGCUAACGAAUUUUGAACAUAUCGAUGGCACUGUUUGGAUUAUUGAGACAAGCACUGCUCUCAGGAAUUUUUUUAUUCUUGUUGUACUUUGACUUAAUUUAUUGCAGAGAACUUUGGCUGGUCUUUUCAGGGCCACUAAAGAAGGCCUAAAAGGGGAAAAGGCCAACUCUUUAAUACUCCGGCCAGAUGUGUGCUCCGGCAGCAGGAACUGAGAUACUUUGAUUGUUCGACUUUAGCCGGCAGCCACUGUUUGUUCUUUUUAGCUGUGUUUUGUGUGUGGUUUACACUGGACCAGGUGGUGUGAAUUAUGCAUGGUGUGCAUAAAUGAGUUUAUGCUGGUGUAAGCCCAGGAGGAGCAGACAGGAACAGAAGAUGGUAAGACAUUCUUUAAGAUCAGUCUUUUAUUUCCACCACGUUUUAGGGAUUUUGGAGUUGGCUUCACCCUUGCAGUCGCCACAUAAAUAAUGCUCAAGGUUUUUAGAGUUAACCUUGUUGCUGGUCAGCACUGUCUGUGGUGCUGUCCAUGCCUGAGUUGAAGAGUUCAAGGUGAGCACUCUUGAGUUUUUGAUUUUUUUUUUUUAAUGACGAGGUGGCUGGUUGUGAUUUUUAGGGGAAAGAGAUGGGGCGGUAAGCUGUUUGUGGAGCACCAUGGAGGCUCUGGGCAGCCUCCUGAACAGACUGACGUGUACAAAGAGGCCCUCUGCGGCUCUCUGGAACCUGCCGGGCUUUUACAAUGGCUUGUAUUUGCCACGGUGCCAAAGGAAUUGCCAUCGUAUCUCCCCAUCGCCCACAACUUACAUAGAGGAGUUUUUACUUACUGAUGUGUUUUCUUUUUUUUCCAAUUUUCCUCUUUCAAGUGUUGACUAGACUGCUGGCUACUAAAUUGCCACCAAAUAAUGUCUGCUGCCAUGAAGUUAGCACGACCGAGGUGCCACUGAAGUCUGAGGGUUGUUUGUGUUCAGAGAAAAGGGCUAAAGAAUGGGUAAGAGCCCAUUUAAUCAGUUUCUGUCCAGUUCCAGUGUUUACCUCCUUUAGCCAGCGUUAGCAGUGUUAAUAAUUUCCUUUUCAAACUUGAAUUUAGACUUGGUAUGAAAAGCCUUUUUAAAGCUGAGAGAUUCCACCUGCCAACUUGCCAAAAUAACUGAAAUACCAAUCAAAAUGUUUUUAAUUAUAGCUGUUAGGGUUCAGGUCUCUCCUGCAAUGUUUUACUCACUGUCUUUGAUGAAGGGAUUCAUAGUUAAUGAUAGAAAGGGGCUGAAAAUAAUUUAACUUUGGCAGUACGGAUGUAUUCCUUUUUGUGACUGAGCAAACCCUGGCUCUCCCCAGAGUACUGCAGUGGCAACUAACUCAUGAAUACGUUUAACUUCUCUGUUUAGCUUGCGCGCUCUUUCGGUUAGAUCAGUGAGAAGCUAUUGUACCUGUCAAAAUAUGCACUUUUGCAUAGUUUUGGUUCAUGAAAUACAAAUGUGAAAUUGUGAGGGGCUGAAACUUGUUUUUGUGUCUUUACCUCUGUUUAACUGAAUCGGAUUCUGCUUCAACCAUUUUCACGUUGCACAACAAGAAAAUGUUUCCUUUAUUCAGCAGUGUCCUUUAAACUGCCUUGUGACCUAUUCCUUAUUGUCUCACUGUUUCCUCUACAUUCACCGCCCACCCCCCUCUGUCACACAGCUUUACUGCCUCGCCACAUAAAUCACUAACGUAACGUUGAAGGGACCAAAAAAAAGAUUUCUGUUAAUAAAUUUCACAAGCAUCAA